UUCAAAGGAGGAAACAUGGCGGAAAACAAAGGAGGCGGCGGCGGCGGGGAGGGGGCUGCCGAGGCCGGGCCGGGCGGAGGCGGCGGCGCGGAGCCCGCGGCCGCCUCCCCCUCGGCCGCCGUGCCGCCUGAGGAGCGGGAGAGUCCCGGCGCGGCGGCGGCGGAGCGCGGUCUCGCGGAGGCCGAGGCCGAGGCAGCGGCGUCGGGGCCCGGUGCCGUUCCAGGGCCUGGCCCCAGCCCGGUGCCUCCGCUGACACCGGCGGCGCCGGGGCCGUUUUCGCUGUUGGACACAUGCGCCGUCUGCGCGCAGAGCCUGCAGAGCCGGCGGGAGGCCGAGCCGAAGCUGCUGCCCUGCCUGCACUCCUUCUGCCGGCGCUGCCUGCCCGAGCCCGAACGGCAGCUCAGCGUGCCUGUGCCCGGCGGGGCGAACGGCGACAUCCAGCAAGUUGGUGUCAUCAGAUGUCCCAUAUGCCGCCAAGAAUGCAGACAGAUAGAUCUGGUGGAUAACUACUUUGUAAAAGACACAUCAGAAGCACCAAGCAGCUCUGAUGAGAAGUCAGAACAGGUGUGUACAAGCUGUGAAGAUAAUGCUAGUGCUGUUGGAUUUUGUGUAGAAUGUGGGGAAUGGUUGUGCAAGACUUGCAUAGAAGCUCAUCAGCGAGUAAAAUUUACUAAAGAUCAUAUGAUCAGAAAAAAAGAGGAUGUUUCUUCAGAGGCCGUGGGAGCAUCUGGUCAACGUCCUGUUUUCUGUCCUGUCCACAAACAAGAGCAGUUAAAACUUUUCUGUGAAACAUGUGACAGGCUGACAUGCAGAGACUGUCAGUUACUGGAACACAAAGAACACAGGUAUCAGUUUCUGGAAGAGGCUUUUCAGAACCAGAAGGGUGCAAUUGAGAACCUAUUGGCCAAACUUCUUGAGAAGAAGAACUAUGUAAAUUUUGCAGCUGCCCAAGUUCAGAAUAGGAUAAAAGAAGUAAAUGAAACAAACAAACGGGUAGAACAGGAGAUCAAAGUGGCUAUAUUCACCCUCAUCAAUGAGAUCAAUAAAAAGGGAAAAUCUCUCUUACAGCACCUUGAGAAUGUAACAAAGGAGAGACAGAUGAAGUUAAUACAACAACAGAAUGACAUCACUGGUCUUUCCAGACAAGUGAAGCAUGUGAUGAACUUUACUAAUUGGGCUAUUGCAAGUGGGAGCAGCACUGCUUUGCUAUACAGUAAACGGCUGAUAACAUUCCAGUUACGGCAUAUUUUAAAGGCGCGUUGCGAUCCCGUCCCGGCUGCCAAUGGAGCAAUCCGCUUCCAUUGUGACCCUACGUUCUGGGCCAAGAACGUUGUCAAUUUAGGUAACCUUGUCAUUGAAAAUAAACCAACUCCUAGUUACACUCCUAAUGUAGUGGUUGGACAAACUCCUCCAGGAACAAACCACGUCAACAAAGCUCCAGGACAAAUCAAUCUAGCGCAGCUUCGCCUUCAGCAUAUGCAGCAGCAGGUGUAUGCACAAAAGCAUCAGCAAAUGCAGCAGAUGAGGAUGGCACAGCCAACUGGGUCAGUUCCCAGGCAGACAAGUCCACAAGUCAUACAGCAGCAGCCUCCCAGGUUGAUCAGCAUGCAGACCAUGCAGAGGGGUAACAUGAACUGUGGGGCUUUCCAAGCACAUCAGAUGAGAAUGGCUCAGAAUGCUGCUCGUAUACCAGGAAUACCACGCCACAAUGGACCACAAUACUCCAUGAUGCAGCCUCACCUUCAAAGACAACAUUCUAACCCUGGGCACGCAGGGCCUUUUCCAGUUGUUUCUGCGCACAACACCACUAUUAAUCCAACCAGUCCCACUACAGCAACAAUGGCGAGUGCGAACCGUGGUCCAACGAGUCCGUCCGUUACUGCAAUUGAACUCAUUCCUUCUGUGACAAACCCCGAGAACUUACCUUCCCUGCCAGAUAUCCCACCCAUCCAGCUUGAAGAUGCUGGUUCAAGUAGCUUAGAUAACCUUCUAAGUAGAUAUAUCACAGGCAGCCACCUACCCCCACAACCCACAAGUACCAUGAAUCCCUCCCCAGGACCUUCAGCUCUAUCGCCAGGGUCAUCAGGUUUAUCCAACUCCCACACUCCUGUGAGGCCACCUAGUACCUCCAGCACAGGGAGCAGAGGAAGCUGUGGCUCCUCGGGCAGAACUGCUGAGAAAACAAGCAUUAACUUCAAGUCUGACCAAGUGAAAGUCAAGCAAGAGCCAGGGAUGGAAGAAGAGAUAUGCAGUUUCUCAGGAACAGUUAAACAGGAGAAAACAGAGGAUGGCCGAAGGAGUGCUUGCAUGCUUAGCAGUCCUGAGAGCAGCUUGACACCACCACUGUCCACCAACUUGCAUCUGGAAAGUGAAUUAGAAGCAUUAGGAAGUCUUGAAAAUCAUGUAAAAACUGAACCAGCAGAUUUAAGUGAAAGCUGCAAACAGUCUGGACAUAGCCUUGUAAAUGGAAAAUCCCCAGUGCGGAGUUUAAUGCACAGAGCAGCAAGAGUUGGAGGAGAAGGCAAUAACAAAGAUGAUGAUCCAAAUGAAGACUGGUGUGCUGUAUGCCAAAACGGAGGGGAUCUAUUAUGUUGUGAAAAGUGUCCAAAGGUGUUUCACCUGACUUGUCACGUACCGACACUCCUCAGCUUUCCAAGUGGAGAGUGGAUAUGUACAUUCUGCAGAGAUCUGAGCAAACCAGAAGUAGAAUAUGAUUGUGACAAUUCACAACACAGCAAGAAAGGGAAAACAGCACAAGGCCUGAGUCCUGUGGACCAAAGGAAAUGUGAACGUCUCCUGCUUUACCUGUAUUGUCAUGAGCUGAGCAUUGAAUUUCAAGAGCCAGUCCCAGCCUCGAUACCAAACUACUAUAAAAUCAUAAAGAAACCAAUGGAUUUAUCUACAGUGAAAAAGAAACUGCAGAAGAAGCAUUCCCAACACUACCAGACUCCUGAGGAUUUUGUGGCAGAUGUGCGGUUGAUCUUCAAGAACUGUGAAAGGUUUAAUGAAAUGAUGAAAGUUGUUCAAGUUUAUGCAGAAACACAAGAGAUUAAUUUGAAGGCUGAUUCAGAAGUAGCACAGGCAGGGAAGGCAGUUGCAUUAUACUUUGAAGAUAAACUUCCAGAAAUCUACCCAGACAGGACCUUCCAGCCUUUGCCUGAAUUUGAGCAGGAAGAGGAUGAUGGUGAAAUAACUGAGGACUCCGAUGAAGAUUUUAUACAGCCACGUAGAAAACGCCUAAAAUCAGAUGACAGACCAGUGCAUAUAAAGUAAUCUAAUGAUAUGGACCUAAAAUUUAUUGUAAAAACUGUUAUUUAAGUGUUCCUGGAAUAUUAUCAUGCCGACAGUGGCCACCUUGAAGAAGCUGAUAGCUUUUUAAACAGUAUUAGAUGACAAAAAAACCCACUUGUACAGAAAAGCCUUCUUAUCAAAAGGGGAAAAAUUAUAUUGUAAAUUUUUUGUGGUUUAUUUCCUUUUUUUGUGUUUUUUUUUUUCUUGAUUUACUGUAUGUUUUCUUUUCCUGGUGGAGGGGGCACACUCAUCCAGGUCUCACAGAUAGAGGCGGAUGAAUGUAGAAGAGAAGCAGAUUUGACAAAAGAUGUUCCAUUUGCAGAUAAGACUCCUUAGUAAAAUGUUCCACAGCACUGGAACAACACAGUUACAGUGUCUUGCAUUCAUUUUGGACUGCAGUCUAAACUGUAAGCAGUUUUCCUGAGCACCCCUCUUUGUAUGAACUUCAGUGCAUGUUGUUCAUUGCUUUUUUUUCAUCUCAUUUAAGCGGUAUUGUGAGUAACUGGUCUUCUGUGUUGAUCCAAUUACCUAAACUUGACUUUCUUUACAACAUUUUAUGUAUAGCAAAAGGAAAAAAACCAAUAUCAUUAAACUGUUCUGAAUUGGCAAGUGCAGGAGUGUGAGUUCUUGACAGAUGAAAGACUAAACUGGUGGCAAGGAUCUCUUUUCAGUAGGGCUAGGUAUAUUUAUGAUGAGUCCUGUACACAGAACAUUUUAAUGGCAGAAGUCUUAGCAUCGUGUCAUCUGUCCCUGCUCCCCCUAAUGAGGCAGAAUGUCAUCUCCAGUAUUCAUCAGCUCAUUUUCUGUACUUCAGAUAUUGACUGAAGAGGUAGUAACUGGUUGGGGUGUUUUUUUUCCAGUCUUCCUAAAUAUCAGUUUCAAAUAGACCACUUGGCAGACAAUAACCUAGUAACUACCAAAUGUGUAAAAUUUCCUGUAUUCACUUUGUCUUAUUUGUAAAUAGUGAAUUGAGAUUUCUUGCAGAUCAGCAACAUUUGCUGACCUGUUUUUAAGCUAAUAUGUAUUCUUACUAAUUGUUCCUAUCAAGAAAAGAUUUGUAAUAUAUGCUAUUUCUAACAUUGCGUUCAUUUUGAGGUUCUGUCUUAUUUUUAUCAGAGUACUACUCAGAACUUUCUUCAGAAGCAGCUUAGGAGCGAAAUGUCUCAAAAGAAUUGGAAUGAAUCUGUUGAUUGGGUUAUUUGUCCAUCCAUUGAACAAAGAACUUGCGGAGACCAGGAUUUGGCUUGGAGUGGUUUCUGGUCGGUAGUGAAAACAGAAGAGUUUCCCUAAACCCUGUGGCAGGCAUCUCUGCAGUGCCUUCCCAUUGCACACUGCCUUCAUUCCAGUAUUUCUGGCUCAAAUUAGGUCAUCACAAUGGAAUGAUAGUUUGAACAGUUGUUUCCUUUACUGAGAGACAUCCUAGAAAUAGGAACCUUCACAUAGAUCUGAGUAAAGGAAGCUGAAGAACUAAUGUCAUCAGAUGAGCUCAAGUGGACAGACUAUAAAUUUGCCAUGAGGUUUUGUGUGACUGCAGCACUUCUGUGGUAAAUCACAGGGGUUUGGGUAUACUCAGUGUGAGCAAUUCCUGUGACGUUGUAUAAGCUUUACCAUAAUGGUAAAGGUAAAUAUUGUAGCACAGUGUAUCAAAUUGAGAUGCUCUCAGCAAUUUUUGUGCAAAUCACUUAAGAUUUCAUUUCUUUUAUAAGAACAAAGUAUAUGUACAGUGUGACUGUACCUCUCAUAAUGAACGAGAAAGCUGAAGGUAUUUGUACCUUCAAGCUCACUUCUUUAGGUUACGCAGAUGUUACACUUAAAACUCAGACUGGUGGGGUUUUUGUUUUCAGUUCUCAGAUGUUAACAUAGUGCCAGGUUCAGUUGAGUUUUUACCAGUUUGUAUGUGAAAGGAAAAGUAAUUCUACUUAAACAAAUUAACAUAUAGCAAAACCUUUGCCCAUAGAAAAGAUGACAUGUGUGAAUAGGACACUAAUAUUAACAAGGGAUCAUUUAAUAGCUCUGUGUAUUGCCUAUUUCUGCACUUCUAGUUUCUCAGCUUCAUUUUACAAAGGAAGAAUAUUAAAAUUAUAAUGAAAAUAA